AUGGAUUCCAUACCAAAAGCUCCUGAUGGGUGGUUCCAGCCCUGCUGUCUACACUACGAACUUGAGCAAUUUGAUCCAAAGGACAAUCGACUUGGAGAAGGUACCACUGGACGUGAUUCAGAAGAUAAGGAAGAUAGAAUCUUAAUGCUUCGAGAGUCUCAUUUUCUUGUACCUGGAAUUAUGGCCCAGAUCCAAAGACUAAUGGUUGGACAUGAAACCGAUUUGGAAUGCAACCAGCUUCCUAGUAGCUAUAGAGAUGCAAAAAGGCCUGGUGAAAUUGUUCCACCUGAUGUCAUUUAG